UUUCCUUGGAGACGGAGCAGAGGCCUCCACUUCACUUAUGAACAUGUCCCACUUUUACAACAUGGCAGAGGCCCUUUGGCCUGAAGAAUGAGCUGUUCCUGCAUUCGGUUCAGUAAGAUCUGCUUCCUGCUCUCGGUUAUCUUUUGUGCAGUCCUCCUCUUGCUGAUCCCCAAGUUCCAGGCUAAUUGGAGACCUAGAACUUAUCCACAGCCACGUCCUCCUUCCUUUUUCAAUGCUUCGAACAAGAGUGAGGUCCAGUUGCAGCAGGCAGAGUCAAGCUCAGUGGGUAAUUUGAAUGAUGAGACUAACAAUAUUGUACCCUUUGUGAAAGAGGAACUGAUACAAGAAUGGAGCCCUCCAGUCAUAGACACUGGGAGAUCCAGCCUGAAAGCUAACGGCAAGAUGAAUGAGAACCCAAUUAAUCCAUGGUACAAUGGGGUGAAUCAUGUGGGAUCUGAAGAAGUCUCUGCUAAGGAAAAAUUAGAGUUGAAGGAUAUCUUUAUUGCUGUGAAAACAACACGAAAAUACCAUAAAACAAGGUUGAACUUGCUCUUCCAAACAUGGAUUUCCCAGGCUCAGGGACAGACCUUUAUAUUUACAGACUGGGAGGAUCAGGAACUGCGUCACAGAGCAGGGGAUCACAUGAUCAACACCAACUGCUCAGCUGUUCACACCCGCCAAGCUCUCUGCUGCAAGAUGUCUGUGGAAUAUGAUAAAUUCCUUGAAUCUGGGCAAAAAUGGUUUUGUCAUGUGGAUGAUGACAACUAUGUGAAUCUGCAAAAUCUCCUGCAUCUCCUGUCUGCCUUUUCACACAGCCAAGAUGUCUACGUUGGGAGACCAAGUCUAGAUCACCCCAUUGAAGCAGCAGAUCAUGUCCGCAAUGAUGGAUCAACCACUGUGAAGUUCUGGUUUGCCACAGGUGGAGCAGGGUUCUGUAUCAGCAGAGGUCUUGCCCUCAAGAUGAGCCCCUGGGCUAGCUUGGGGAGCUUCAUCAGCACUGCUGAGAGGAUUCGCCUCCCUGAUGACUGCACCAUUGGCUACAUCAUUGAGGGUUUGUUGGAAGUGAAGCUGCAGCACAGCCCCUUGUUCCACUCACAUCUGGAAAACCUGCAGCGCCUACAUGGUGAAGCGGUGCUCAAACAGGUUACCUUGAGCUAUGGGGGUCCUGAGAACAAGCAUAAUGUUGUGAGUGUGGGAGAAAUGUUCAGUGUACAGCAAGACCCAACUCGGUGA